AUGGAGGCCGGCAAGCUAGCCCCUCCCACACUCCACAUCAACACUCGACAGCGGGCGCUAAGCGAAGCUGACACGAUUACUUCACAAACAUCAAAUCCAUUCAGAACGCCAGUAUCACCGAGCAAUGCAUCCACAAGCAACGCAUCUACCGUAGUAGAUGAUCCCGAUACAUCAAUAAGGCAAGAGCUCCGCAGCGAGGCCGACAUAGACAACAAUCCGUUUGCUUUCUCCCCAGGGCAGCUGAACAAGCUUCUCAACCCCAAGUCGCUUCCUGUAUUCCAUGCAUUAGGUGGCAUACAAGGCAUCGCGACCGGCUUGCAAUCGGAUGUUCAUACCGGUUUAAGCGUCGACGAAUCGAGAGUGCCUCGAGAUGUUACCUUCGACGAAGCCACCAACCCACAAACGCCCACCAAAGAAAAGGAGUCAAGUCGAUCGCCUAGCGAUGGACAACCUUUUGAGGACCGCAUCCGAAUUCACGGUCGAAACGUCCUCCCACCCAAGAAAGUAACACCGUUGUGGAAAUUAGUAUGGAACGCGUACAACGAUACUGUUCUGAUCAUCCUCACAAUCGCUGCCGCCAUAUCGCUUGCUCUCGGUCUCUACGAAACGUUCGGUGCGGAACACCCACCUGGUUCCCCAACUCCGGUCGACUGGGUUGAAGGCCUCGCAAUCUGUAUCGCCAUCGUCAUUGUGGUUCUCGUCACAGCGCUAAACGAUUGGCAAAAGGAACAGGCAUUUGCUCGACUCAAUGCUAAGAAGGAGCAAAGAGAGAUCAAGGUUACGCGCUCCGGAAGAAUCGUCAUGAUCAGCGUCUACGAUGUGCUCGCCGGAGAUAUUAUACAUUUGGAACCGGGUGAUGUCAUUCCAGUCGACGGCGUAUUUGUCGACGGUUCUGAUGUCAGGUGCGACGAGUCGUCUGCUACUGGAGAGUCUGAUGCGAUUCGGAAGACGCCCGGUGCUGCUGUCAUGAAAGCCCUGGAGUCCGGCCAAUCCAUCAAAAACCUCGACCCAUUCAUCAUCUCUGGCGCCAAAGUGCUUGAAGGCGUGGGUACUUUCAUGGCUACCUCCGUCGGCGUUCACAGCAGUUUCGGAAGGAUCAUGAUGUCGGUCCGUGCUGACGUCGAGGCCACUCCACUCCAGGAGAAGCUCGGUGGUCUUGCCAUGGCCAUUGCUAAGAUUGGAAGCGCAGCUGCUGGUAUCAUGUUCUUUGUGCUUCUCUUCCGCUUCGUGGGUGGUCUACCUGGUGACAACCGGACCCCAACGGAGAAGGGUGCGGCAUUCAUGGACAUCCUCAUCGUCGCAGUCACAAUCAUUGUCGUAGCCGUCCCUGAGGGUCUCCCCUUAGCUGUGACUCUAGCCCUGGCUUUUGCGACGACAAAGAUGCUGAAAGAGAACAAUCUCGUGAGAGUGUUGCGUGCGUGCGAGACCAUGGGUAACGCGACAGCUAUCUGCUCGGACAAGACGGGAACCUUGACAACAAACAAAAUGACUGUCGUAGCUGGCACCUUUGGAUCCACCAGUUUCGUACACUCCGAUGCUGAAUCAGAGAAAGCCCAAACUAUCUCGUCUUGGGCCUCAGAAGUCGCGCCAGCUGCCAAGGAGAUCUUAAUCCAAUCUAUCGCAAUCAACUCCACUGCAUUCGAGGGUGAAGAGGAGGGGAUACCCGUGUUCGUCGGAUCGAAGACCGAAACAGCCUUGCUCCAACUUGCCAAGGAACAUUUAGGCCUCCUAUCACUUUCCGAAACACGAGACAACGAGCAGGUCGCACACAUGUUCCCCUUUGAUUCAAGCAAGAAAUGUAUGGGAGCUGUCAUCAAACUCCAGAAUGGCGGAUAUAGGCUGGUCGUCAAGGGCGCCUCUGAAAUCCUCCUGGGUUUCUCCUCAGCAGUUGCUCACUUCGGUACCCUUGAGACAGAGUCUUUAUCUGAGGCCCGGCGCCAAUCACUGCUGGAUACGAUCAAUGAGUACGCGAGCCGAUCCCUCAGGACCAUCGGACUUGUGUACCAUGAUUUCCAGCAGUGGCCACCGGCAAAUGCUGAGCUCACCGAGGGCGGCAGUGUCAACUUCGGAUCCCUACUACAUGAUCUCACAUUCUUUGGCGUAGUCGGCAUUCAGGAUCCUGUCCGCCCUGGUGUGCCAGAGGCCGUUCGCAAAGCACAAGGUGCUGGCGUCACGGUCCGUAUGGUCACCGGAGACAACAUGCAAACCGCGCGAGCCAUCGCAACUGAGUGUCUCAUCUACACCGAGGGUGGUAUCGUCAUGGAGGGGCCAGAAUUCCGCAAACUAUCUGAGGAUGAGAUGGACAAGGUUCUGCCACAACUCCAGGUGCUCGCCCGUUCAUCUCCUGAGGAUAAGAGAAUUCUCGUUCAGCGUCUCAAGAGCCUUGGUGAGAUCGUCGCUGUCACUGGUGAUGGUACCAAUGACGCGCCGGCUCUCAAGGCUGCAAACAUUGGGUUCUCCAUGGGCAUUUCAGGUACCGAAGUUGCGAAGGAGGCGUCUUCGAUCAUUCUUAUGGACGACAACUUCGCUUCCAUCAUUACCGCGCUUAUGUGGGGGCGAGCAGUCAAUGAUGCCGUACAGAAGUUUCUACAAUUCCAAAUCACCGUCAACAUCACCGCUGUUGUACUGGCUUUCGUAACGGCUGUAUACGAUGACGAGAUGAAGCCAGCGCUCAAGGCUGUGCAACUCCUCUGGGUCAAUCUCAUCAUGGACACGUUUGCCGCUCUUGCGCUCGCCACUGAUCCACCAACAGAGGCGAUCCUGGACCGCCCUCCACAAGGCAAAGACAAGCCUCUGAUUACCACGACCAUGUGGAAGCAGAUCACCGGUCAAAACAUCUACAAACUCACCGUCAUCUUCGUCCUCUACUUUGCGGGCGGAAAGAUCCUCGGCUACGACCUCUCCAACCCGGACAAGCAGCUCGAGCUCGACACGGUCAUCUUCAACAGCUUCGUCUGGAUGCAGAUCUUCAACAUCUUCAACAACCGCCGUCUCGAUAACAAGCUCAAUGUUCUCGAGGGCAUCUUCCGUAACUUCUUCUUUAUCGGUAUCGUGGUUCUUAUUAUCGCGCUGCAGGUCAUGAUCAUCCUCGUUGGCGGCCGAGCGUUCCAGAUCAAGCCUGGAGGUCUCGACGGCACGCAGUGGGCUAUUUCGAUUGUUACUGGCUUCAUUUGCAUUCCAUGGGCGGUUGGUAUUAGGUAUUUCCCCGAUGAGUGGUUUGCGGCUAUUGCGUCUGUGGUUGGUAAGCCAUUCGUCAUUGUUUACAGGUGGUGUUGCAAGGGUACAUCGAAGGUCACGGGCUUGUUCAAGAGGAGUAAGACCAACAAGGACAGUGAUGCAGAGGCAGGCGUCGCACCAGCGAUCGUUGUCGUCGACAAUGACGCCGCCUCAAGAGAGGGCAAGAUACAAUAA